AUGAAAGGUAUACACAAAAUAUUGGCCAUUGCAAUCACAGCUGCUUCAAGUGCUUUGGCAUGGGGCGAAACAAGAGAAGAAGUCGCACAGAGAGCUCGAUCAUUACUCGUUGAUCCUAACAAUUAUGCCGUCGGAACUUUGAGCACAGUCUACCCAACCACAUAUAGCGAUGAAUCCUUACGUGGAGCAGUUGCAAGUGGACCGGAAUAUUUUGGAUCAUGUUUUGAAAAUGGUGAUCUAUUAAUGCUAGCAAUGCCAGUUUCACAAAAUUGGCGUAAUACCUUAUUCACCAAAACAAAAAAUGCAACAAUCAGCAUUUCAUCUUCUGCUGAUCCCGAUGUUCCCGACCCAAGACAUACUUCUAUCAAAAGCGCAAGCAAAUGGGAUCCUUCUAGACCGAGCUGGAGACGUGGAAUGCCAAGCAAACAAAGGAUAACCUUGUUUGGUCACUUUGAGCGGCUGAUCGAUAAGGAAGAAAUCGAAAAAGUCGCUCCGUGUUACAAGAACAUACAUCCUGAUGCCAAACACUGGACACCUGGCAGUAAAGAUAGUCCCCACGUCGCAUUCUGGACUAGAUUCAUCGUCGACAAAAUCUAUCGAGUUGGAGGUUUCGGAGAUGAAAGUAACAUCGGAUGGAUUGAUUUGGAUUUAUGGCACAAGAGUGUUCCUGACAAACACCACACAAACAUCGACACCUUCUCCCAUAGCAAUGAAGGUAGUCUUUCUAUCGAAACGCUAUUCGGCGAAAGUGUAGAUGAAUCGCCAUUCUAUGUCCAAUACUGACAUGAUACUGUACAAUCAUUGAAUAAUGAGAUGUGAUGUGAUAAUGCUUAUAAUACAAACAAGUCUUUGCUCAUCUACGCCGUCUGAUCGUCCCUUCUAUUCUCUUCUGUCCUGGCUUUCGUCUACCUCGCUUGGAAGAGAGCAAUCCGACAACACGAACGCCUUUCUCGCGUAAUCUAUUGUCUCUGAUCACAUCUUCAAUCGCACGUUGUCUAGCCUUGGUUUGUCUUUUGCUGAGCAAUGAAGACCCUUCCACCUCUGC